AUUCACAGUACACUUGCUUCUGAAACCAAUUAUAGAGAGCCUCUCCUAAAUCCACUCUUUCUUUGCCUAUCUAUUGGAAACCAUCAUUCUUCUCCAUGGCGAGCUCAGUUUCUUCCUCCAUGGAGGGCUUAAUUAUCUUUCUUGGGCUAUUAGGCAACAUCACCACAGGGCUAGUCUACCUUGCUCCCAUAAAGACCUUUUGGAGAAUUGUGGUGAAUAGAUCAACUGAGGAAUUUGAAAGCGAUCCUUACGUUUGGAAGUUAAUAAAUGCCUACUUCUGGGUCUACUAUGGCAUCCUCAAGCCUAAUAGCGUCCUCGUCGCCACGGUUAACGGUUUUGGUGCUGUUUUAGAGCUCAUUUUCGUCUCCUUGUUUCUGAUUUUUGCACCUCCAAGAAUGAGGGUUAAGACAGCUAUUCUAUUUGGGGUUCUGGAUGUGGUGUUUCCAGCUGGAACAGUCCUGAUUACGCAGUUGUUUUUAAAAAGAAAAGGACAGAUAGAUGUUGCUGGAUUCUUUUGUGUUUGCUUUAGCAUGGCUGCAUAUGGUUCCCCUCUUUCAGCUAUGAAAACAGUUGUGACAACCAAGAGUGUUGAAUACAUGCCAUUCCUUCUCUCAUUUUUCCUUUUCAUAAAUGGAGGAGUUUGGACUAUAUAUGCUGUGAUUACUAGUGAUUGGUUUAUUGGACUACCAAAUGGUACUGGAUUUGUUCUUGGGACAGCCCAGUUGAUUCUUUAUGCAAUAUAUUAUAAGAGACCUCAACAAUUGAAGAAAUCAUCAGAUAAUUUGGAGGAUGGAUGGGAACAAGAACGUCUUAUGCCAGGAUCUGAUCAGGUUACUCCAAAAGCUUGAUGGGUACAAGCUCAAUGAUGUUAUUGUCUUUAAAAAGCAGCAAUGGCCUGCCAUUGUUGAUAUGCUCAGCCAUUUAACUAGUUCUUGGUUUGGCUGGGCUAAAUUUCAUGGGUCUGGGUCUGGUCUUGUGGGCACAAGUUCAUCAUCAUGUUUCUUACUUUUCCCCAAGCCUAAACUUGUCUUUAAGUGUUCCAAAAGUAAUUUUCUGAUGUAGAAUAAUAACAUGAGUUCACGAAAAA